AUGGGAGCGGCAACGGCAUUGUUGGGGGCCGGUGGGAUGGCCAGUGCAAGCACAGAGCUGGGGGAGCAACUGGACGAGAUCGUUGUGUGGAGCCCAAAGUCAGAGAUCAUGAAGCGGGCCAAGUCUACCGGGGGGAGGACCGCGACAGGCACAAACGAGACGUACCCAGUGCGUUUCGUCACGUACCUGGCGCGCUUCCUUCUGAACUACGACAAGGCUAGCAGGCAGCUGUGGGAUAGAAUGGCCACCACCAUCCCGAUCAACUUCAGCAUGCUUGAGGUGGAAGCGGUGCGGCGGGAUCAGUUUGCCGAGUUCGCUAAGGCUGUGCAGGUGGGGCUGCUGGACUUCCAGGGUCCGCAAGGAAUAAAGGCGUUCUUCUCGCUCAUGCGCUCCAGAUAUGGCCAGGGUGAGGAGUGCAAGAGGCAGCUGGCCAUUCUGUUCAGCUUUAUGGAGGAAUCUCAGCCGACUGAGUCGAUCGAAUUGCUCUUGGGAGAGGUUGACAACGGUCAAGUCAACAACAUCGUCGUCACUGAUCCAGGCGGAGGAUACACUGGCAAGGUUCCCAAGGUUACGGUGUCUGGAUCCCAAGCCGGGAAGCAGGCCACCGCUCGAGUCGUCCUGAGGGAGACAGGCCACUUGGUGGGCGUUCGACUCAAAGACUGCGGCUCAAGCAAAAGCUUCGAAGCCCCUCCGCGAGUGUACGUGAGUGCUCCUGCGGAUCCCGAGGGAGUUCAGGCCGAGGCGAGGGCUAUCUUGGACAAGAGGCAGGGCUCCAUCUCCGCCAUCGAGAUCACCAACCCCGGGUCCGGGUACAACACGGCUCUUGCCCCCGUAACGGUGGAGGUGUUCGGGUCGGACGUGGACGAAACGGGCGACUACCUGGUGGAAAGCGUGUUGAACGAGGGUACCGGGGGGGCUAUGGGAGAGACCGCUUGCCCGUCUAACUUUGUGGCAGAGGCGAUCGUCGACCGGGAAGUGAAGGGAUGCUACGAGUCGCUUGAUCUGGUGGACCUACCGGGCGGCACGCCUAAGGUAUCUCCGGGAUCUCCGACAGACUCUCGAGCUCGCAAGGGUCCGACCAGCAGUGCCAUGUUCGACCCGGUGUUUGGUCCGGUGGGUAGGUCUCCGUUGGAGAAGGAGGCUGUCCUCAAAGUGGAGGACUACCUCAAGCUGUCCCUGGCGGGGGCCGCCUGCAACGCCCUGGUCCGCUUCUUCCUGCACCCCGUGGACUGCGUUAAGACCACGGUGCAGGCCGAGAUGGGACGGGAGGUCCGCAGCGACGAGAACGGUAUGGAGGGGGGGGGCGGCGGCGAGGGUUGGAUCGGCACCGUGAAGGGCAUCCUGAAGAAGGGAGGAGUGGGCGAGCUAACCCGGGGCAUCGACGUUUCUACGAUCUUGGGCUUCAUGCUUGGCUUCAUCGGAUUUGGAGGCACGGAGCUAUUUAGGCGAGAGCUGACUCGCAUGAUGGAGAUGAUGCCAGCAGGCAGUGGCACUGGAAGUCCGGUGUGGGUGAUCCUUCUCGCGAGCGCGCUAGCCCAGGUGGUGUCGGCCAUCAUCACCUGUCCCGUGGAAUCUGUCCGCAUCCGAGUCAUGACGUGCGACCGUAGACCUGAGUUUCUUUCCUUCAUCGGUAAGGCUCAGGAGAUGAUCGAACAGGAAGGGUUGCUCUACUUCUGGUCCGGCCUGGGGACGUUACUUUCCCGAGAGCUGCCUUUCGGCAUCGCCAAGUUUUUGACGUUCGAGGUGGUCCGGGACAAGAUCUUCCAAGAGGUGCCGGCUGCCCAAGAAAGCGUCUUCUACGCUCUGGUGUGGAUUGGGAUUGAGAGCACUUUUCUUCGGAGCUGCCAUCGCGUUACAGUUCUUCGCCUUCGACUACUUCAAGGUGCUCCUUCAGGUGGCUCCCGACGACCUCCAGCUGGUGCUUGA